GGCACAUUGUGAGCACCUGUUGGAUUGGUCGCAGUUUGACAUCGUAUUCGGAGCAAAUCUCAUUCUCUGUGGCAUCUUUUACCGUUUUCUCUCCAUCAUGAAGUGCCUGAUAACACAAUUCUGGAUGUUGGCUCUGCUGGUCUCCCAGGCUCAGACUAAUGUGACAAUGACUGUGACAACCGGUGUGGCAACAACUGAUGAUGCUUCAAGUACAGCUUCAAUGUUUCCGUCAACAACUGAUGCAACUUCAGUUACAAGCACAGAUCCAACCACUGUGCCAACAACUGUAGAUUCUACAACUAAAACCACAGCUCAACCCACUGUUCCAACACUUGGUACUAGUUCACCCACAAUAACCACAAAAAAUACUUCAGAUACAACUCAACCCACUUCGCAGGAAAGUGUGACAACUUCAUCAGAUCAGCCAACCACAAUGUCUCCAUCUUCAGAGCCCACCACGAUUCAUACGACUGAAUUUUCAAGCAACAUGACUGAUAUGACCACAAUGACAAAUAACUUGACGACAGUGAAUACCACUGUGACAACAGUAGGACAGACCUCAAUUUGGACAACUACAUCGUCCAGCGACUCGCUGACAGUUACCGUCAUCAGCUAUACUCUAUCUAUUCUGCUGUACAUGAUGUUGAAUUGAGCAUUACCUGAUUCAGCCCUGGACUAAAGCAAGCCUGACUGUUUUACAAAGAACUGUAGUAUAUAAGUAAUAUAUGAUGGUAAAGUUUAGACUAUAUGUAUAUACUUUAUAUAUAAAUGACUAUUACAUCCACAGUAGCAUGCUUAAAUGCUUGAAAUUAAAAAUUAGCUUUGCUGACAAAUAUAAAUAUAUCUCUAUGCAUGAAUUUAUGUAAUUUGUGGUAACACUUUACAAUAAGGUUCAUUAGUUAACAUGAAAUAAUAAUAAUCUGCACUUAUACAGUGUUUAUUAAUCUUUGUUAAUGUUAAUUUCAACAUUUACUAAUACAUUAUUAAAAUCUUGUUAACAUUAGUUAAUGCACUGUGAACUAACAAUGAACAUCUGUAUUUUUAUUAACUAACGUUAGCGAAGAUUAGUAAAUACAGUAACAAAUGUAUUGCUCAUGGUUAGUUCAUGUUAGUUAAUACAUUAACUAAUGUUUAACUAAUGAACCUUAUUGUAAAGUGUUACCUAAUUUGUUUUUUUAAUUACAUUUUUUUCAAUGAAUGAGUUUUUUUUUUUUUUCAAUGAAGGAGCAAGAAGUGCAGCCAACUAGUGUCCAUGAAAUAAUGUACAUAUAAAGUGGUUUCAUUAGAUUUAAAAAGUGCUUGAUGCAUCACAGAUGUGGACUUCCUUAAAAAUGCAACUAAGAUUUGAAAUGAAAAAUUUAUAGUUUUAAAUAAUGGCUGAAAUAAAGAAAAAAAAAUGUA